CCCUUUCUCACAGAUUGACUCUCUCACACAGGUGGAAUUUCUCUCAUAGCAGGAAACACAGGGAGAAGACAGGUUGUCGUAAACAGCGGCGUCGUUCAAGGAGGAUUUAUUUGCUCCUUUUUUUAUUAUUAUUAGUUUAUUUUCCAGCACGCAUUUUGUUCUGUUUUACUCCCAUAAACGACUGAUGGAAAGGGCAUCCUGCUAGGUCCCACCUAGCGCCAUGUCCUCCCUAACGAACCUGCGACCUACAGUCAGUUAACAAAUAGUUUGACCCAUUAGGAGGACGUACGCAGCCAGCCUCCUUCCGUGAUGGCCUUCUUUCGGCAGCUGCAACUUCUUCUCUGGAAGAAUGGGCUGACAGUCAUCAGACAGCCGCUAUGGUCCCUGACUUUGAUCAUCUGGCCUCUGAUUAUCUUCAUCAUCAUCGCUGUGACCCGCAACCAGUUCCCUCCAGUAGUAAAAGAUACAUGUUAUGUGGCACCCCGAAACCUCCCCAGCACGGGCUUCUUCCCUUUCCUUCAGACCCUCAUGUGCAACACAGACAGCAGCUGUCAUAACAAAUCACGCCUGGCGGACCCAACAGCAUCAAAGUCAUCUCUGAAAUCCUCACGGAAAAAAAGGUCGACCACGUUGAACGGUUCCCCUCUGGCAGACCUGAUUCAGGGGGAUAGUUUCGACCUUUCCUUCUUGAAGGACUCCAGCAAUGAUCCUACAGAACUGGUUGAUUUCUUGAACAACAUUCUUAACGGACCCUUCUACUGUGCUUUUCAAGCCAAGAGACAUUUCUUUUUCCAAACAUUCCAGCCCAACUUCUGGUAA